AUGAAAGGAUUAUCUGGCAGUCGGAAUCAGUCACAGCUAUGCGCUGGUCAUACUUGUGGCCUAGCAUCCCCUGAUGAUUGUGAACAUGUACAUGACCAUGGGCACCAUGGACAAGAACCUAGGCAAUCAUAUUUACUUAGCCCAACGGAGAGCUGUCAGAUGGAUCACCACCGAUGUUCUCCGCGGAGUUCCAUCCACUCAGAAUGCAUGAUGAUGCCUGUGAUGAUGAGUGAUCAUAUGUCAAGUAGCACUUUUCCAAGAAUGCACUAUAGUUCCCAUUUCGAAACCCGAGACGACUGUGCUGUCUCACAUACUACUAGUAGUAAAAUAAAUCGGAUUCCAGCAAACUUACUGGAUCAAUUUGAAAAACAGCUUCCUUUGCACAGAGAUGGAUUUCAUACUUUACAGUACCAGAAGACAUCCACUGCGACAGAACAGCGAACGGAAAGUCCAGGGAGAAUACGUCAUCUUGUUCAUUCUGUGCAGAAACUUUUUACUAAAUCUCACUCUUUAGAAGGGUCAUCAAAAGGUAAUGUUAAUGGGACAAAAGGAGAGAGUCGCAGUGAUGAUCACCAUCAUGGCCAUUACUCAAAACAUAGUAAAAGGAGUAAAAGUAAGGAGCGGAAACCUGACAACAAGCAUAAAUCUGGGAUGACAGGAUGGUGGAGUUCAGAUGAUAAUUUGGACAGUGAUAGCACUUAUAGAACACCUAGUGUAAUGAAUAGGCAUCAUGUAGACCACAUAUCUCAUUGCUAUCCUGAAUCUCUGCAGGGACAUUUUGGAGACCUUUCCCUUAAGACUUCUAAGAGUAACAAUGACAUGAAAUGCUCAGCUUGUGAAGGACUUGCAAUGACACCUGAAGGUAAAUAUAUGAAGAGAAGUUCUUGGUCAACACUUACUGUUAGUCAAGCAAAAGAAGCCUAUCGGAAAUCAUCGCUUAAUUUGGAUAAACCUCUUGUCCAUCAGGAAAUCAAAUCCUCCCUGAGACCAUGCCAUUACCUUCAGGUGCCUCAAGAUGAGUGGGGAGGGUAUCCCUCUGGUAGUAAAGAUGAGGAGAUUCCCUGUCGAAGGAUGCGAAGUGGGAGUUAUAUAAAAGCCAUGGAGGAGGACAGUGGAGAUUCUGACACAAGUCCUAAAACAUCCCCUAAAAGACCUGAACCACUACUGAAAUCUAUUGUGCAAAGAUCACACGGAGAAGUACAAAACCAGAGUUACCUACAAGCAGCAAGUGAAAUGCCUUCGGACAUGUCCUGGACCCAUCAGGAAACUACAAUUCUCCAAAAUUUCGUUCAAGGAACCAGAGCUACAUGA